GAUAACACAAGCCAACAUGGCAUAUUGGACAAGAAGACUCCAGAGAAUAUUGAUACUGUUAAAACAGUACAGUACACUUGUAGGAGACAGAGAAUUGCCCAGAAUAACAGUUCCCCAGAAGAUGAUGCUUAAUUUAGAAAAACAAAAACUUAAAAAGGAAGUACAAAAUCAGAAGAAAAAUAUUAAAUUCAAAUCACCUUUAAUUAUUUCAUGCAAGCGGUCUCAAUAUAAUCAUCAUAAAGGACAAACAUAUAGUGAGUUUGAUCCUAAAGUUCUUGUGUCUCAUUCAUGGAAAAACACAAAAUCUGCAGGAGAUCACUUCACUAUAAACAGUUAUGGAAAGAAUCCAGCCAUACAGAGAGAUAAUGAAACUCAACACUUUACAGACUUCAAUAUAAACCCAGAAUUUCUACCAGUGCUUGAAAGUAUGAACAUUACCUCCGCAACUGUGAUACAGAGUAAAUCUAUUGCCAAAGUUUUAGAAGGUGAAAAUAUUCAAAUAGCUGCAGAAACAGGUAGUGGUAAAACAUUAGCCUAUUUAUUACCCAUUAUGGAGUUGAUAUCAAGACAGAAGAAAAGUGAAGCUGAAUUUGGUACAGAUAUUCCAGAAAAUAGUCCAAGAUGUAUCAUAUUGGUGCCAACUAAAGAACUUGUACAACAGAUAAAGGUCCUUGCAGACAAGUUUGCUGAACAGAUGAACUUUUCUGUAGAGACUAUGAUUGGAAGCUUUGGAACAAAAAAAAAGUUGGCUUAUCCAAAGAAAUGUGACAUUGAUAUACUGAUAUCAACUACAGGGAUGUUAAGGAAAUUCUUAGGUGGCAGAAUAAUAAAACCCUCCCAUGUGAGACAUUUAGUCAUUGAUGAAGCAGACACAUUACUAGAUGACAGUUUUAAUUCAGAAAUUAAAUAUAUUAUCAAUAAAUUAGGUGUUUCAGAGAAUAUUACAUCAGAGACAAGUGCAGCAGGAAUGCAGCUAGUACUAGUUAGUGCCACCAUGCCAAGAAGUUUGAAAACUAUUCUAGGUGAUUCAUUUCCUAUUGAAGACAUGGAAAAAGUAACAACAGAUUUUCUACACCACUUGAUGCCACAUGUUCCACAGAAAUUUUUAAGACUAAAACCAUCACAAAAAGCAGAGGAAAUUGUUUUAAUGUCAAAGAAAUUAACAAAGAAAGGCACUCCAGCAAUGAUAUUCUGUAAUGAGCAUGCCAGAUCAGUUUGGUUGUCAAGAUUUUUAAAAGAACAAGCUAUUGACAAUGUUCUUAUGAAUGCAGGGAUGACACCCUAUGAAAGAAAAGAUAUAUUUGAAAGAUUCCAGAAUGAAGAGAAUGAUAUAUUAGUAUGUACAGAUAUAGCCUCUAGAGGGUUAGACACUGUCAGGGUAGAACAUGUGAUUAAUUAUGAUUUCCCUAAUUUUAUGUCAGACUACAUUCAUCGUGCUGGCCGUGUAGGUCGAGUUGGUUCCAAAUCUCAAGGUCUAGUCACAAGUUUUGUGACAUAUGCUUGGGAGGUUGACCUAUUGUGGAAUAUAGAGACUGCAGCCAGGAAAUCCCAGGAACUACACAAUGUCAAUGCAAAUAUCAAAAAGAAACUGGUUGGUAGGGCAGACAAAAGAGAAUUUGAACAUGAAUAAAAUUAUACAUAAUUUC